AUGUUGCGGGUCGUUAUCCUGUCAGCUCACAUACCCCCAGAAAAAGCAGAUAAGCCUGACACGUAUGUGAUCGGCACCUUCAGAGAUAUUGAAAGGAGCACAAGAAUUGUGCAGAAGGAACAAGAUCCCGUCUGGAAUGAGACCCUGGUGUGGUACUUGGAUGCCGAGCUUCUGGACAGCAAUUCUUUUGCAAUGGUCCAUCUCCGUGACUGGAGCACCAAAGCUGAGGACAGGAAUUAUGGCUUUGCCAACAUAGCCCUGGCAGGAGCUGCUGAGAAAACUAGAGUUAUGAUCACCAUGAAGGACCAGAUUCUGCGGGAUGACAAAAUGAAGCCAACAGGGGAGUCUGAACCAGAAUGGACUGUGACAGAAAAGGAUGUUGUUGACGUGCCAACACUAACAGCCAAGAAAGAGCUUACGAACAAGAAGCAACCCUUCCAGGUGCGAGUUGGAAUCAUAGAAUGCCGGCAGCUGCAAGAAAACAAUAUCAAGCCGGUGGUGAAAGUGUCCGUCGGCGAUCACGUGUUUAGGACGAGAAUCAAACUGGGGAACAACCCCUUCUACAAUGAGGUUGGCAUUCUGUGGAAUUUGGCUUUCAGGGCCAAGAUGGCAACGUUUGUCCAGAAUUUCAACGAGACACCUCUUUGGCUCUUUGACCAGUUUAUUACCAUACAGGUGCUGAACUCUAGAGCAAUACGAGCUGAUUCCAUCAUUGGCGUCUUCAAGAUUGAGAUUGGGGUUGUAUAUGAAUCACCAGGUCAUGCUCUAAUUGCCAAAUGGCUGAGCCUCUAUGACCCGGUUAACCUCAACGCUGGAUUAAGGGGCUACGUGAAAGUCAACCUUUGUGUCCUAGGCGCUGGAGAUCAUGCACCGGAUACAGACCACUUAUUGGAGGAUGGCGAUUUGGAGUCCGCCAUCCUGCACCCAGCAGCAAUGCCAGAGGCACGCAUGGCCACCCUCCAGCUGCAGCAACAUGGUGACGGCAGUAUUCUGGGGACCACAUUUAUCAGCCUCUCCCAGAUCUCUUCCACAGGGGCUGAAAUGGAAAAGAGUGACUCAGGCUUCCAGCCAUGCUUCGGGCCGGCCUUCCUGACCCUCUAUGGGAGCCCAAAGGAAUUUAUGAGCCAAGUGGAUCCUCUUAAGAAACUCAACACUGGGACCGAGGAAGGGAUAGCUUACCGUGGAAGAGUUCUUGUCGAGCUGAAGAUCAGCAUGGAGGCCAUCCCCACUCAGAAAAUAGAUGACAUUCCUGUAGAACGGAUUAAAAAGAUUGAGUACUAUUUGCCCCAGAAUCGGUAUGGGCUGUGCGCCGUCCUUUACUCAGCCACCAUGUUGGACGAUAUCAAGGAACGGAUCCAGUUUGAGGUCAGCAUUGGGAACUAUGGCAACAAAUUUGACGGGACUUGCAAACCUUUGGCCUCGACCACUCAGUACAGCCAUGCCGUGUUUGAUGGAAACUACUACUACUACCUGCCGUGGUAUGACACAAAACCCAUGAUGGCUAUCGCUUCAUUCUGGGAGAAUACCAGCUAUCGAAUUACCUCUCUGAACAUCUUGCAAUUGAUUCAAAUUAGGCUGAAGAAGAACCUGGAUACUCUUAAAUCCAUCAGCAUUCCCAGUGACCCAUCUGUGGGUGUUGUUUGGAAGAAGCUUCAGAAAGAACUGGUGGAAGAUUGCAGGAAGCCUCUUCCUGUCUUGGAAGUCAAGAUGCCGGCCACCCUUCUGGAUCAGCAGAUGAGGAAACUACGCACGCAGCUCCUCCAUCAAAUCAGCAAGGAUGCAGAGAAGACAAGUUGGAAGACCCCGCUGCAGAAGAUGACUGCAAAAGCCGAGAACUGGCUGAACAGGAUCACCUUAGUCACUAAGGAGACUCAGAUAAGCAUGCCAGAUGUCAUGAUCUGGAUGCUGUGUGAUGAGCAGCGGGUGGCCUACGCACGGGUGAAGUCUCAUACAAUCAUGUUCUCCAAAGCUGGUCCCCAUGCCACAGGCAGGCAGUGUGGCAAAACCCAGACCAUCUUCCUGCAGGGUGCACAAACCAAAGGGAUACACAACCCUAUUCCUGCCCUGCUCCGGGUCCGGUUGUGGCUUGGAAUGAUAGCUGACAGUGCAGAGUUCAUGCAGUGUUGUGAAGGGAGGAUCCUCAUCAUAGCUGAGACGUACGAGAACCAAAGGAAGACUCAUGGGAUUUGGGGGAUCAGGGACCUGAUGCCGCACCCCAACUUUUCGGAUGUGACCGGGCAGAUCAGCCUUCCCAAAGACAAGUUCCAGCUGCCUGUGGGGUGGAAAUGGGAUGGUGAGUGGGCUGUGGAGCCCCAAAGAAGGCUUCUGCUGGACAAAGAGACAAACCACACCGAAGUGAUGGAUGAAGUGUAUGAGAACCAGAGCCGGCAACCUGGGCGCCGAUGGAGACCGGCCCCCAUCCCUUAUAGCAACGUGAGCGGUGACCCUACCCCGCCAAAGGAAGAGAUUGUGUGUCCCCCUGGUUGGACCUUUGUAGAAGACUGGAAAGUGGAGGUGAACCGGGCGGUGGACGAUGCUGGUUGGGAGUAUGGGGUUGCUAUUGCACCUGCCCAAUUCCCCCGUUCCUGGAAUGCAGCUGAGAAAACGUACCACACUCACCGACGUCGGCGCUGGCUGAGGAAACGCUCCCGGAACCUGGCCAGGGAGAACCGAGAACGCCAAAUGGCCACUUUCCUUCGGCUGCACACAGACAUGAAGACGAAAGAAGAAGCGUGGGAAUACGCUCCCCUCUACGGCUGGAGAUUCCACCUGCAACGGCGGUCCAACGACGUGUUCCGCCGGCGAUGCUGGCGCAGGAAGCUCAUCCCCGUGGCUUCCAGCCGCGUGGCGGCCAUUUUCCUCUUAGAGGGCUCGCUGUUGCGCUGCUACAUCUACCAGGCGAAGGAUCUUGUAGGAGCUGUGGCCAAGGGCAAUGCAGAUCCCGUGGCCCAGGUGUGCUUCCUUCAUAUGAGCCAAUCCACUCAGACCAUCACUGGCACACUGCACCCCUGCUGGGACCAGACCCUCCUCUUUGAAAACGUCUUGAUCUAUGGAAACCCUCAGGCAACCGAGCAAGAUCCACCAAUCGUGGCAGUGGAGAUCUUUGACUAUGAUGGCCACUCUGAUUAUUUCAUGGGAAGGUGCUUGUGUACACCAAGCGUGUACCUGGACCUAGAUGCACGAAGACUGCCCCGUCUCCGCAAGUAUCUGAUCACCAGAGAACAGAAGGAUGCUGGUCAACUCUUGGCUGCUUUUGAACUUCUAUUGGACAAGAAGGAUGGAUCGUUGGGAAAACAUCCCCCUCCUGCCUGGAUUAAUGGGGUUUACACGAUCCCUAAGGGAAUCCGUCCCAUCUUGAAGCUGAUGGCCGUCGAGAUCCUGGCUUGGGGCCUCCGGGACAUGAAGAACUACAACCUGCUGGUCAUUAACAAUCCCAGUCUCACUAUAGAGUGUGGAGGGGAAUCUAUUCAAACACCAAUCAUCAAGAACUUCCAGGAGAACCCCAAUUUUCCAAUUAGCAUCUAUCUCAUGAAAGUGUACCUACCAGUGGAUGAAGAUUACGCACCUCCCAUUGAACUGAAGGUGCUAGAUCACAGAGAGUUUGGAUACAAGCCAGUGGUGGGCCGCGCGACCGUGAGAUCCAUGAAACAGUACUACUGUGACCCAUGGGAAGAACGGAAGGCCCAUAAUCUACCAGCCAGAGCCAUUUCCAAGGUGAAGGUAAAAGGGGAGGAAGAGGAAGAGGAGGAAGUCGAUUGGUGGAGCAAGUACUAUGUGACAAUGGGGGACCUGGCGAAGAGCGGCAAUUACCUGGAGAGGGGCUUCGAUAGCAUGAAGAUCUAUAACUGUGAGCUGGAGGAAGUGCCAGAAUUUCAUGGCUUCCAGGACUUCUGCCAGACCUUUCGGCUGUACCGAGGACGAGUGAAAGACGAGGACCCCAUGGUGGGGGGUGAAUUCAAGGGGCUUUUCCGGAUCUAUCCACUGCCAGAAGACCCCAACGUCCCUCCCCCUCCACGCCAGUUCCAGGAACUUCCAGAAAAUGUCUCGCAGACAUGUCUGGUCCGGGUUUACAUCAUUCGGGCCUUUAACCUCCAGCCAAAGGACAGAAAUGGUCUGUGUGACCCCUACAUCAGGAUCAAGCUCGGGAAGAAAAAGGCUGGCGAGAGAGAGGACUAUAUUCCCAACACCCUGGAGCCUGUCUAUGGGAGGAUGUACGAACUUAUGUGCUCCAUCCCAGUCGAAAAGGACUUGAAGAUCACAUUCUAUGACUUUGACAUUUUCCCUCCUGAUGAUACAAUUGGAGACACCAACAUUGACCUGGAGAACCGGCUCCUGUCCCGUUAUGGGGCCAACUGUGGGCUCCCACAGUCUUACUGUGUUACCGGUCCCAGUCAGUGGCGAGAUCAACUUCUUCCCAGCGAGCUCUUGGAGAAUUAUGUUCGAGCCAAAAACUUAAUUCAGCCGGAGAUAAAUGAAGACGGAAGCAGAGCCUUUUUCAGGGGCAGGACUUACCAGCUGUCUGACUUUGAGACCAAAGUAGCUUCACAUGGCUACCUGGGACCUCCAAAGGAGCGUUUGGCCCUCCACCUCCUCCGCACUUGUGGAUUGGUGACUGAACACAUAGAGACGCGCACCCUUUACAACACCGCCCAUCCCGGGAUUGAGCAGGGUAAAGUGCAGAUGUGGAUCGACAUCUUCCCAGAAAGCUUAGGUGAGCCGGGACCCCCUUUUGACAUCACUCCAAGGAAUCCCAAGAGGUACGAACUUCGCUGCAUCAUCUGGAACACCAAAGAUGUGGAUCUGGAGGACACCAACAUUUUUGGAGACAGGAUGAGUGACAUUUAUGUGAAAGGGUGGCUGGACGGCCUGGAAGAGGACAAGCAGAAGACAGACAUCCAUUACAGGUCCCUGGCAGGGGAAGGCAACUUCAACUGGCGCUUUGUGUUCCCCAUGGAGUAUCUGCCCAUGGAGCAGAUCUGCGUCCUCACCAAGAAGCAACAUUUCUGGAGCCUGGAUGAGACCAUGCAGAAAGUGCCCCCCAAGCUCAUCAUCCAGAUCUGGGAUAAUGACAAAUUCUCAGCUGACGAUUUUCUGGGCAGUCUGGAAAUGAACCUGCUCAAGAUCCCGCGACCCGCCAAGCGGCCCCGCGACUGCACCGCAAAGAUGCUGCUGGAGGAGAGCGCCACCGCCCCCACCGCCGCCGCCGCCUUUCCUUUCCGCCGCCCCCGCCUCGAAGAGAAGCACGUUUCCCUGUUCAUGCAAAAGAAUCUGAGGGGCUGGUGGCCGUGCAUCGUCUUCGAGAAGGACAAGCCGCGGGUGUCGGGGAAGGUGGAGAUGACGCUGGAGCUGCUGACUGACACAGAGGCAGAAGAGCGGCCGGCGGGGAAAGGAAGAGACGAGCCAAACACAAACCCCUUUCUGAAGCCGCCAGAGAGGCCGGAGACCUCUUUCCUGUGGUUCACAGCCCCACUGAAGAGCCUCCACUUCAUCGUAUGGCAGAAGAGCAAAUGGAAGAUCCUCAUUUUCUUUUGCAUUGUGCUAGUGAUCUUCCUGUUUGCAACCUUCGUCUACUCAGCCCCUGGCUACCUGGCCAUGAAGUUGAUCAAUCCAAUGAAAGUUACGAAAAACACCACCAACUCCCAAGCUGCCACCACCAACUGCCAAAAAGACACAACCAACUCCCAAGAGAACCCAACCAACUCCCAAGAGAACCCAACCAACUCCCAAGAGAACCCAACCAACUCCCAAGAGAACCCAACCAACUCCCAAAAUAACCCAACCAACUCCCAAGAGAACACGCCCAACUCCCAAGAGAACACGCCCAACUCCCAAGAGAACACGACCAACUCCCAAGAGAACACGCCCAACUCCCAAGAGAACACGCCCAACUCCCAAAAGAACACGCCCAACUCCCAAGAGAACACGACCAACUUCCAAAAAACCACCCCAAACUCCCAAGAAGUUGUUGCUAACUCCAAAGAAGCCGCUGCCAACUUCCAAGAGGAAACCACCAAUUACCAAGAAAAGCCACAUUGA